UCGGGUAAGGGCGGGGAGGUGGGAGGAGGAGAGUGGCAGCAGUCGCAGCAGGUCGGCCGCCGGAGCGGCGCGCAGGGGAUUGUGGGAUCGCAGCGGUGGAGAGCGAGGAAAAAAAAAAAAAGUGACGGGCGAGCGCGAGCGACACCCCCGCGAGCGAGGGAGGGGGCUCGAGCCCGCAAGCCAUGUUCUGGAAGUUUGACCUCCAUACGACCUCUCAUAUCGACACCCUCUUGGAGCGUGGCAACGUGACCCUCUUUGAGCUGCUGGACGAAGAGGAUGUGUUGCAGGAGUGCAAGGUGGUCAAUCGAAAGCUGGUGGACUUCCUGGUGCAGCCUGAGCACAUGGAAGCGCUGGUCACGUGUGUGACCGAGGAGCCCCCAGGAGAUGUGGACGAGAGAGUGCGCUACAAAUACCCAAGUGUCUCGUGUGAGAUUCUGACGUCGGACGUCACUCAGAUAAAUGACGCUUUGGGCGAGGACGAGUCCCUCUUGCGGCGCCUCUACGGUUUCCUCCAGACUGGCGACAUUCUCAACCCGCUGCUGGCCAGUUUCUUUAGCAAGGUCAUGGGGAUCCUGAUCAACCGCAAGACUGAUCAGAUAGUUGCCUUCCUGCGCAAGAAGGACGACUUUGUCAACCUGCUGCUGUGCCACAUUGGUACCUCGGCCAUCAUGGACCUCCUGUUGCGGCUCCUCACCUGCGUGGAGCAGCCACAGCUCAGGCAAGACGUGUUCAAUUGGCUUAACGAGGAGAAGAUUGUUCAGAGGCUAAUUGGGAUGAUCCACCCUUCAAAAGAUGACAAUCAACAUUCCAAUGCUUCACAGUCCCUGUGCGACAUUAUCCGGCUGAGCCGUGAACAGAUGAUCCAAAUCCAGGAUAGUCCUGAGCCUGACCAGCUACUGGCCACACUUGAGAAGCAGGAGACUAUCGAGCAACUCCUAAGCAAUAUGCUGGAUGGAGAACGGAGCGAAUCCGUCAUCGUCAACGGCAUCCAGGUCUUGCUGACUCUGCUGGAGCCACGCAAACCCAGGACGGAGAUGGGAGACAUGGGGGGCUUUUACUGCAAUCUGGAGGGGCAGAUGGAGAUGACCGUGCCGACCAAUGAAGUGGCUUCCAGCCAGGCCAGUCUGGGCACUCUCCUUGCCAUCAAACAACGCCUCAGGGAGCUUCACCAGCUGCUCCUCGACCCGCCAAAGAAAGAGUCCCUUCAGACAACUUGGGGUAUCCUGGACCCCCCGCUGGGAAACACACGCCUACACGUGGUGAAGCUGCUGGCCAGCUCGCUGGGCACCGAAAAUGCAGCGCUGCGAGAUGAGAUUAUAGAACUCGGGGCUGUCAACACAAUGUUGGACCUCUACUUCAAAUACGCAUACAACAACUUCUUGCAUGCUCAGGUGGAGGCCUGCCUUAGCAAUGUUUUCCGCUCCCAUACUGGGGAUGAGACCAUUGAAAACCACUCGGAGCCCUUGCCAGAGAGCCCCGUCAUCCAGCACUUGCUGCAGAAGUGUCGCUUAAUCCAAAGAAUCUUAUCUGCCUGGGAAGAAAAUGAACAGUCACAGUCGGAUGGGGGCAGACGCAAGGGCUACAUGGGGCACCUCACCCGCAUUGCCAACGCCUUAGCACAAGGCUCUGAGAAGUGGCCCCACUCAACCCUCAUCAAGCAGCUUUUGAAAGAGCUGCCGGAGGACGAACAAGAGCAGUGGGAGAAGUUUGUCUCGGGGCCUUUGUUGGAGACUAACAAGAAGAACACUGUGAAUCUCGUCAACAUGCACAACCUGCACUCGUCCAGUGAUGAUGAUGAGAAUGACCUCAAGGAGUUCAGCUUCUCCCAGGAGGCUGUGCUGCAGCAGGCCUUUGUCGACUAUCAGUUGCAGCAGAUGACGUCGGCGUUCAUCGACCACUUUGGCUUUAACGACGAAGAGUUUGGCGAGCAGGAAGAGAACGUCAAUGCUCACUUCCGACAGCUGCGAAGUGCCCCCUUUGACAAGACGGCCAACAUCACUUUCUCGUUGAACGCGGACGACGACAGUCCCAACUCCAACCUCUUUGACCUUUGCUACAAGGAACGGAUCCAACAGUUUGAUGACGACGAAGAGGCUGACGGUUCUGAUGGGGAGGAUAUUUGGCAAGAGAAGGAAGCCGCUGUCUCUUCUGGCCAUGCGCAGCCCACGGCAGCCAGGAGCGUCGGAAGCACAGACAGCGAGGACAGUGAAGAUUCAGAAGAAGAAGCUGAGGAGGAAGAUCCUGGCGGGGGAGACGGAGAAACCGCUCCGGUCAGCAACGGCUGCAGUGAAAAGACGGAGGAGGAGAGAGCAUCGGGAGAUCCCAGCUGGGCAGAAGAUUCCUCUACUGUGCCCCCCCAACCUGUGGCUGCUGACACCGGAGCAGCAGUGUGGGACAGGCCGAGUUCAGAUUCCUCCUGCUCCACCACUGAUGAGAACUGGGCCUCCUUUGCUGAACCCCAUGCACAACAAGAAAGUCCCUCCAAAGCACUCGCGGGUCCUCCUAAUCCUGCCAACCUCCCUCAGGAAGUGACGCAAAGCAAUGUAUCCCCCACCGAAGCCUCUAGUGUGCAACAGGAUCUACCCACUCCAGACACAGGCCCGCCAGAAGGAUGUGACCCACCACAUCCCACCACCGGGACAACAGUAGCCAGCACAGUAGAACCUUCCCCAUCUACCUCUGAUUCUGCCCAGCUGCUCCAGGGGACUACAGAGGCUCCUGAAUCUGAGCACAGCUCCCCACAGACAGAACAGCAGCAGCCAGCAGCAGCCAGAUAAAGCCUCUCUGUGGGUCUCGUCACUGGGGAAGCUCACAGCCGCUCGCUCGAUCAAGUCCAUUUUGCAAUGGACUGUCCCCAGUCCUUCCGGUGCCUUCACCCCUGUGGGCAGGUGGGGGGGGGGGUGCAGAAGAGAAAGCAGCAAGAAGGCAAAGAAAGAGCCCGGCCUCUCUCCCUCCCCUACCCCUGGCAAUCACUGAAGAAAUCAGGACCCGGUACCAGCAAGCGCCUGCAAGAGAAGUGGACGAGCGUGCACAGGGUGGCAAAAGCAUCUUCCCCCCUUGUGGUACCUUGGUUGGUGAAGCCCAACAACGUUGCGUCCCCAGCGGGGAGCGGGGGAGCAGUCUCCUCUGUUGGCACAGCGCCUCCCCCCCUGCUUUUCCAAACGCGUAUCCACAUUUCUGCACUGAGCAAAACCUGUCUGUUUGAUGCAAUUAAAAUUGACACUUGAAUCAUACCAGAGGUCUGCUGAACGGGGCAGGGAGAUAAGGCAAGCAAAACCUCUCUUGACGGCAUGGAGAGCUCCUCUUCCGUAGGACGGCCCCACCCGCGAGCACAAGCCUGCCACAGCCUUUCUGUCUCUCUCUCUCUCUCUCUCUCUCUCUCUCUCUUUCUCUCUCUCUCCCCCCCUCCCGUCUACUCCCAACAUGUCGUUCGUAGGGACCGGUUGGGGACUUGCCGAAGUCCCCGCGCAGGGUCGUGAAUUUGCUGCAGAGGUUCGUCACGAACUUCACUGAGGUCUGCUACCUUGAGCAAUAGGGUCUAGGAGGGCAGUGAGGGGGCGUGGGGGUUUGUGACAAAUGGGGGGGGGGUCAAUGCAUUUUUUUGAAAAAAGAAUUGCUUCUUAACGUGUUUGCACACAUACGUGGUCCCUAGUGUGAAGCUGACAUCUGAGAUGGUCCGGUGAGGUGACCGAAAGAGCUAUGUGCUCUUGGUGCCCCUGCUGAAAAUCUAGGGGGUGUCACCCCUGCCCGGAAUCAUCUAGGGGUUCCAGCCCCCACUAGGAACCUUCCCUUCCCUAGGCUGGGCGGCGGGGAGGGUCUUCAGCCUCUCAGAUUUUAGAGUGUGCGUGUGAGAGAGAAAGAAAUUUGAAUUAAUACCUCCCAAAAUUAUUCUGGUUUCUCUGCCUCUUCAGUAUGUUCACCAGCUCACUGGUGUUUAAGCUAAACCCUUCUCCCUAGUUUCCUUCUAAAGGCAAUGCCUCCCCUGACCCCAGUUUUCAGCACUGGGUUUUGUUUUUUGUUUCUGUAUCAACUAUUGAAGGGCUUGAUCAAGAACUCCACUGUUUCCCUGCAGAUCCGUGCAACACCCUUAAGCAGGGGAGAGAAGCACAGUCGCACGCCACUGCAUUUGUUUCCUGUGGUAUAAGCUCUUUGAAAUCCAUGCACCUAGGACAAUAUUGAUUUCGUCCUGGUGCGAGUGGGUGUGUGCCAUCCAGGUCCCCAAAAGGAAUGUCCAUAAUUUAGGAAAGGCCGAAGAUUCCUCAGGAGGGCGUGGGCGAUUGGGCACAGCUGCAUUGUUCAGGUACGAGAUUCCAGCUGCGCUUUCAGAAGGAAAGAACUGGUGCUCCGUGCGUUCCGGCCUGUUUUGUUUGCUGCCCUUAACGGCAAUAGGCGUUUUGUCUCUCAAAUUCAUCCGAAGGACGGGACCGAAAAAUUGAGCGCUUAUCUAAGCUCAUCGGAAGGAGCAUCUUUAGGGCGUUUUGGCCUUGUAGUGCUGGAGGAAAACUUCCAGCGUGUGGUAGCAGAACGUCCCAAAGUGGGAACUGUAUUGUCCGGCAUAUUCUCCAUCUGCUCACCACUCCUGGAGUUUACUUGGGCUUUGUAGCCGUUGUUAAAAACCAGACUCCUCUGCCUUUUCCUGAGUUUCAGAGUCCUGCGUAACACACCAGACCCUACUGUGGUUGUAAGGAAAGCCCAGGGGUCCUGACUAGAGCCCCCUCCUCUGUCCUGAUUCCAGAGAGGCCCAAUUACCCUCGCAGGUCCUCGUUGGGGGUCUACCGAAGACUCCAGAACCACUUGCUUCUCUCUCCAUUUGGCCCCACCUCCCAGCUGCUGGUGUUUGUGGAGUUUCCUGGCUCCUUUUAUAGUGUUAACACAAAAUCACUGCCUCAUCCUUGCCUCUGUCUACAGAACCAGGACAGAACAAUGCAGAAGUUCACCCAAGAGCGCCUUGGGGCUUUGGGGGUGGGAUCAGUACCCACAAGGGGGGGGGUCGGGUCUGUAUGGGGUUGUCCAUGCAACUGUGUGUGUGCGGGGAGCGUAGUGGGAAAGGGCUAAUGCCAGAGCUCUGGAGGUCAGUCUUAAAACAUUGAGGGCAGAAGGCAGAGAAGUUGCAGGGGGGCGGGGGGUAGUUUGGGUCCUGUGGGUAGUUUUCCUGCGUAAGCACUAAAGCCCCUCCCCAGAUCUGCCCUGCCUCUUUACUUCCAGGUGGUCAGUAGCCUCGAUCUCGUCUCCCCCGUUCUCCACCCCCCCUCCCCAUCUAAGUGGCAAUAUUUCUUGAAGCUCUUAAACCACCAAGGACAGAAGUGGCCUUUCGCGUUGUCUGCGUCAUGCCAUGUUGGUCAUUAUUUUUCCUUCCCCCUCCCCCGUUGUGUGUAUGUGUGUGUUCUGUUUGAAUAAAGAGAUUCUAUGGCUGUA